UUCAAAUUCAGGAAGUAAACAUUCUGCUCUGCUCUACUACGUCUGUUUCACUACUCACAAAAGAGAGACCCGGCAUACCGAGCGCACACAACACAGCAGUAAUAAUGGCAAACCUGAAGAUUGCAUCCUUUAACAUCAGGCGUCUUGGCCCAAGCAAGCUGUCAGAUGAGAAUGUUGUAAAUUACCUUAUAAAGAUUGUGUCUCGCUAUAGCAUAAUUGUGAUCCUUGAAGUAGUGGACAAGACAGGAAAGGCCAUGGCGAAAUUCCUGAAAAAGCUGAACAGCACAGGUGCUAACAAGAGGCAUCCUUAUCGUAUGGAAAUGAGUUCCAGUCUGGGUCGUUCGCUUUACAAGGAGCAGUUUGCGUGCCUCUAUAGACCAGACAAAGUCAAGCUGACUGACACCUACCAGUAUGAGGACAACCAGGAAGGAGAUGAGGACGCCUUCUCACGAGAGCCCUUCAUUAUGCGUUUCAGCUUACCUGACAGAAUGAUAAACGACUUGGUUUUGAUCCCGGUCCAUACAAAGCCCACAGAUUCAGAGAAAGAAAUAGAUGAGCUGUAUGAUGUGUCCAUGGCUGUUAUCAAGAAAUGGAACACCGAGAAUAUAAUGAUCCUGGGUGACUUUAAUGCCGAUGGUGCAUACGUCUCCAAGAAGAAGAUGAAGAAAAUCAGGCUCCGCACUGACACAGACUUCCACUGGCUUAUAGGGGAUGAUAUUGACACCACAGCCAGCCUGGCCAACGACUAUACAUACGACAGGAUUGUGGUGUACAAGGACAAGAUGUUGAAGGCAAUAGUGGAGAAUUCAGCGAAACCCUUCAACUUUCAUGCGUCUUAUAAGCUGUCAGAGGAAAUGGCUCUGAAGAUCAGUGAUCAUUAUCCAGUGGAGGUGAGCCUAAAGAAGAAACCUGUAACAAAACCCAAAAGCCGGUCAAAGGCAGUGAAACGCAAAGCAAGCUAAUAUGAAGAAGUGUGGUUUAUUCAAAUGCACACGCACACACACACACACACACACACACACACACACACACUGAGGAAACCAUUUAAAGGGAAUCAAAUGUGAAGAAUGAAAUGUUUUAAAUAAUGUAAUGUUUGAAGUAACGCAUUUAACAUAUGAGACAGAAUACAAUACAAACAAAUGACUUUCAGAUGCAGCUUAUUGUGCACAACAAAUUAACUCAAAAUGUCAAUUUCUACAAGUGAUAAACUCUCAGGAAAUGUCUGUGUACUGCACAUGUUUUUAUUGCUGUUUUAAAAUUUCUUUUCUUUUCUUUUUUGCUUGUGCUAAGAAAGAGUGAUAAUAUGCUUCAGAAAUUUAGUGAUUUCAAACAAUGCCUUAGUCUAACAGACGUGACGAAUAAAACUUGGAAUUGAAAUGUAUCAUUAUUUUACCACCUAACGUGAUUUGGUGUUUGAGUAGUU